AUGCCGCCGCUUCUGGAGUACCGUCUCAAGUAUCCUUCACUCGGGUUGCACUCAGAAGGUGUUACGUGUGUUGAUAUUGACCCUACUGGAAAGUACGUCGCCGCGGGUGGUUCCGACGGCAGGAUCUUCAUCUCCAACCUCGAUGACGGGCGGCUACAUCACCUGGUGCUCACGCGUAGUCCUGUCACCGCCGUGAUCUGGGUCGAAGCUGACUGGCCUACCUUGAUAUGUUGUUGCCAGAGCGGAAUUAUUCUGACCGUUGUAAUUACCUUGGUGCGUAUGAUAUGGCCUUGCACGCUGUGGCCUAACGUCUUCCACAGGACACCCUGGACGCUACCUACUUCCGCGCCAGGAAUCACCGCAUUGACCGAGCCUGUAUCCGCGGAGAUUAUCUCGCUACAGGCUCCGGUAUUGACAUACGAAUCUGGCAAGGCAGACAUAAAUGUACGUAUCUCCGAGGCAACGAGUUUCAUGGUGUGA